AUGGCUAAAACAGGAGAUCGACACCGUCUGCUGGGGAAGCGCAUUUUCCGUUUACGUCCAGCACCUCCCUCGUCCAGACGAGGGCUGUGGAAACUCCCUUUAAGACUGUCUGACAUUGUCGAAGGCAGCCUGCAGCAAAACCGGCGAAGAGUGCGUUCCGUGCGGGUUGUUCGGCGCAGCCAAGGCGCUGUUAUUAAUCACCGGCCCGGGCGGGGCCACCUUCCACGAACUAAUUUUAGACGCUUAUCAUUUGAUCAUUGCAGUUUAUCUCUACAGCCUUUUGAAUACCCGGUUUGCACACCAGAUGGGACAGUCUUCGACAUACUGAGCAUUGUUCCUUGGAUAAAGAAAUAUGGAACGAAUCCAAUCACAGGAGAAAAACUAGAUGCCAAAUCACUUAUAAAGCUGAAUUUUGCUAAAAACAGUGAAGGUAAAUACCACUGUCCAGUGCUGUUUACUGUAUUCACCAAUAACUCUCACAUUGUGGCCAUCAAGACAACUGGAAAUGUGUUUGCCUAUGAGGCAGUUGAGCAGCUGAACAUAAAACCGAAGAGCUACAAGGAUCUCUUGACAGAUGAGCCCUUCACUCGACAAGAUAUUGUGACACUGCAGGAUCCAACAAACCUGGAUAAGUUCAAUGUCUCGAACUUCUUUCAUGUUAAGAACAAUAUAAAAGUAAUUGAUCCAGAUGAAGAAAAAGCAAAAUUAGAUCCAUCUUACUAUUUGAAAAAUACAAAUACGGAGACCCGAGAGACUUUACUGGAGCUUUAUAAGGAAUUCAAAGGUGAUGAUAUUCUAGCAGCUACUAUGAAGGCUCCUGAAAAGAAGAAAGUGGAUAAGCUGAAUGCCGCUCACUAUUCCACUGGAGCAGUAAGCGCUUCCUUCACUUCCACUGCAAUGGUGCCUCAAACUACACAUGAAGCAGCUGCGAUUGAAGAAGAUGUUGUGAGAUACAAAUACGUGAAGAAGAAGGGCUAUGUGCGACUUCAUACUAAUAAAGGAGACCUAAACUUGGAGCUGCACUGUGAUAUGACACCCCGAACAUGUGAAAACUUUAUCAAAUUGUGCAAGAAGAACUAUUAUGAUGGAACAAUUUUUCACAGAUCAAUUCGGAAUUUUGUGAUCCAAGGAGGUGAUCCGACUGGAACAGGAACAGGAGGAGAAUCUUACUGGGGAAAACCUUUCAAAGAUGAAUUUAAGCCAAACUUGUCCCACACGGGACGUGGUGUUCUUAGUAUGGCCAAUUCGGGACCCAACACAAACAAAUCGCAGUUCUUCAUCACGUUCCGCUCUUGUGCAUAUCUGGACAAGAAGCAUACAGUUUUUGGAAGGGUGGUUGGUGGCUUUGAGACUCUGACUGCUAUGGAGAAUGUGGAAAGUGACCCAAAAACAGACCGCCCCAAGGAGGAAAUACGAAUUCAGACAACAACAGUUUUUGUUGAUCCGUAUGAAGAAGCAGAUGCCCAGGUUGCUGCAGAAAGAGAGAAGGCCCAGCUAGAAGAAGAAGCAGCCAAAACAAAAGCUGAGGUGGUCCCACCAAAAAAAGAGGUCCAGACUCCUAAAACUUACCGGCAGGGGAUUGGAAAAUACAUUAACAUGGCUGCAGCGAAGCGCAGUUUGGAAGAUGACAGGCCCUCAACCAGCACAGCUGUGAAGAAAGAGAAAAAGAGCACAGGCCUCGGGGACUUCAGCUCCUGGUAGCAGCGCGGGGAGCCUAGCACUGGAGCAGCACAGCAAAAUAGAAAAGGCGGCUUCCCAUGAAGAGCGCGAAAGACAGUCUGUCCUGCGGAGGGAAGGCACCAGCCUGCCCUUCCACGAGGGAAGAAAACUGUUGCUUUGUUAAGGCUGGUUAAUGUGGCUUUGUCUUCUAGAGAGCUGCGUUUCCCCCACUGCAUCUUCCUCGAAGGCCUUUUUGUUGUUGUUUUGUGAAGCGGGGAGCAGGCACUCAGCCCCGCUGGGGAUUAGCUGGAGCCUUGCUCUGCUCGGCUGGCAGCAGACCAGGCAGAGCCCAGCCUUGCAGGAUGCAGCUUCAGUGAACAGCUACGUUGGUGAAAGAGCUCCUUUUACAGGUAAUCACUUCCAGACGGGCCAAGUCCACCAAAUGAAGGAGUGAAUUAAUGUGCUGGGGAAGCUGCUGUGCUGCUUUAGUGCUUUGCAGAGGGGAGGAGAGGGCUCCAGCCUCUGCUGCCCUGCCCCUCCCUUCCAGCUGCCUCUUGCCACUUCUCGUCAGGGACCAAUUCUGUCUCUUGCUCUUUGCAAGCCUGCCU